UGUCGGAGGAGCCGCGGCGAGCUGUGCGUGGCGGCGCGAUGGAGGGGCUGGAAGAAAAUGGAAGUGUCCAGGUUGGAGAAUUGUUACCUUGCAAGAUUUGUGGAAGAACAUUCUUUCCAGUGGCAUUAAAAAAACAUGGACCCAUUUGCCAGAAAACUGCCACUAAAAAACGGAAGACUUUUGAUUCAAGCAGACAAAGAGCAGAAGGAACUGAUAUCCCAACAGUCAGACCUCUUAAACCUAGGCCUGAACCACCAAAGAAGCCAUCUAACUGGAGAAGAAAACAUGAAGAAUUCAUUGCCACCAUAAGAGCUGCUAAAGGCCUUGAUCAGGCCCUUAAAGAGGGCGGCAAACUUCCUCCUCCUCCUCCACCUUCUUAUGAUCCUGAUUAUAUUCAGUGCCCAUAUUGCCAGAGGAGAUUUAAUGAAAAUGCAGCUGAUAGACAUAUAAAUUUCUGUAAAGAACAGGCAGCACGUAUUAGCAAUAAAGGCAAAUUUUCUACGGAUACCAAAGGAAAAGCGCCUUCUCGGACACAGUAUAAGGCACCUGCACUUAAAAAGUCAAAUUCUCCUGGAACUGCAUCCUCGGGAUCUUCACGAUUACCACAACCAAGCGGCUCUAGCAAAACUGUUGUAGGUGUGUCUUCAGGUAAAGUGUCUUCAGUUAGCAGCUCUGUCGGAAGCAAACUUCAGACCUUAUCUCCCUCCCAUAAAGGGAUAGCAGCCCCUCAAGUAGGUAAGAUGGACAAGUUAGGCCCUCCACUUCGAACUGGAAGACAUGUGCAAAGGUUGUAUGACAGUGAUACACAAUCAGACAGUGCCACCAAAAGACAUGAGUUAUUACCCAUUUCCAAAGCUAACAUCAAACCUCGAAAUACCACACCACCCAGUUUGGCACGAAAUCCUGCCUCAGGUGUGCUUAUGAGCAAAAGAAAAACAUAUACUGAUAGCUACAUAGCCAGGCCGGAUGGAGACUAUAUAUCUUCACUUAAUGGCGGAAACAUUAAAGGCAUUGAAGGAAACUCAUCUGGACACUUACCAAAAUUCUGCCACGAGUGUGGGACUAAAUACCCUGUAGAAUGGGCAAAGUUCUGCUGUGAAUGUGGUGUUCGAAGAAUGGUUCUGUGAACAAAAUCCAAAAAAAAAAAGAGCUAAGUCCAGAGUUUUAUGACUAUUGCUGCUUGGCCAGCUAGAGCGCUUCCUCUAGUUCUUUUCUGCUAAAAUUGUUCAAAAUAUGUUUUUCAGCAAUUUUUGGAGCAUAAUCUUUUGAGUCUGUAAUGUGUGUGUGUAUAUAUAUAUAUGUGUACAUAUACUGUAUAUAAUAAACCUGAUACCCCAAACUGUGCCAUUCAAGGAAAUAUUCACUUAAUCUGUCAGAAAAUAAUUUCAAGUGGAAUCACUAAUUUAGGUAUUUUUUGUUGUUGUUGUUAAAGCACAAUAAGUAUGCUUCCACAGACUCGCAAACGCUGCUGCUUAGCCCUCAAAGGUUUAGGAUGAUCAUUCCUUUGAGCAAAAAAUCAGAAUAAACAUUUUUAUUAUUGGUACCUAUUUUCAGAUAGUACCAUAAUAGGAUGGGAUGCUCGGAAUUUUGGAAUUGAAGAGAAUAUUUUUAGUUACAAUUAGUUAUGUGAGGUCAUUUUCUUGUAGAGCUCUCCCACAAAGAAUUUUAUUAAUAUCAAAAAAAAAGACAGAAAAAACCCCUAAGGUUUAUGUUGCCCUUUACUUGGUGUAUUAUUAAUUAUGUAAUUUAAAAAUCUUUACUCAUUCUUUGAAAAUGUAAUUAUGCAAUUUUCUUUUCAGAAACACACGGCUGAAAAUACAGAUGUUUCUUAUUCUAGUUAUAACUGAAUGAUUUUUUUACUUCUGUGUGUAUUGGUUGAACAUAUAUUCUUUCUACUUCCAAUUGUGUCUCCAAAUUUCACUUUUUUUCUUUCUUUUUCCAUAACCUCACGUCUAAAGAGUAGUUUUGUUUUUUGCAGUUCGAAAAUGUAAUUAUUUAGUAUAAGAUGCUCAAAAUUCCUUGCAAAAUCUUUCAUGUUUAUUUCUAUCUGAAUUUAGAAGAAAUUAUUUUAAUACAAACCACAUCACCUAAUAAAUAAUAACUUUGGUAAUUAAUCAUUAGUGCAGGGCAUGCAGGUAAAAAGUAUUUGCAUUUUAGUCCCUUGUAGUUAGAUGUAGUUAUGAGUAGGUUAAAAGAAUAUCUAAGUUUUCCUACUCACGUUUUCUUUUAUGUUUAAUGAUGAAACACCAUUCACAUCACAAUAAAAAGCCACUGAAAAUGCAUUGCUUUAAUGCAUAGCUGACUUAUUAUGUAAUUAAACAUUCACAAAAAUUUAAUUAUACUCUAACUUUGACUAGAAUACAGCUUUUAAUCAUUGUCACUUUCAGUGUAACAUGGUAUUUAGUAGUAGAAAUCUGUCUUUGCUGGUGCAGCCAUAUUCAGUAAGUCAGUAGUCAUUUCUGUUGAAUCAAACCUAACAGAGCUUUUGAUCGUAUUGUAAAGGUACAAGCAAAUCUUUUAUAGGCAAUUUCUAGUUUCUUAUGAUUCUGAUCCACUGUAAGGAUCAGUGUAGAAAUUGGUGUCAUAAUUUUCUCUGAAAUUUAUUUAUGCUUAUACUUUAUAAUUUUAUUCAUUAGGUUUUUGGGGUUUUUUUGUUUUUGUUGAGGCAGGGGAAACAAACUUAGUGGUAAUAGGAAUUGUCAUUUUACUUACCUUAUAGUUUCUUUCCUGAAUUUUUAUUAAUCUUUUUUUCUGGUUGUCUUUAUUUAGUCAUCAUGGUCAAAAAAACAGUCCAUCAAUUAGAAAAAGCUGUAAUAAAUUUAGGAGAAUAAUAUUAGAUUUCUGUUUCAGUAAUUUAUGUUCUUCUGUCCUAAUUGUUAUAAAUUAUAUGCAGAACUUUAAAAUUUUGUUUUAUUUAGAACUGAGCACUAUUUUCUUUCAAGUAUUUUUUUUAAGACCACAUAAUUUUUGUCUGCCCCGGGAAGGGAUAGAUAAAUGAGCUUAAAUUAAAAAGUGGCAUAUGUUUGUUUCUCACUGCAUUUCACAGUAGCAAAUAAAUGUUAUAAUGUACUACAUGGAAAACGAGUUGGUAAGAAAUCAUUCAAUUCCAGAACCCAGAGAUUAUUAUAAACAGUAGGUGAAAUAUAUUUAUGAAUUAUGAAACAUGUUGUGACAAUGUAUUUAAAUACAUUUCUGUAUUACUUGCAUAUAGUAUUCUCAUGUUGAUUUGUUGUGCAAUAGCUUGGUUUUUAAGAAAUUUUCCUAGUUCGAUGCAUCAUUUAUUUUAUUUUUAUUUAUUUUCACAAGUAUUUGCCAGUGUGGUAGAAUUAAAAAAAAGAUUGUAAGCUUAAAUUAAAAUGUAAAAAUUGCUUAUAUAUUAUUCUGAAAGUUAUUAGCUUAAAAAAGUAAGAUUAUUAUGGCUGCUGUUGUCUCUUGUUCACUCUGUUUUUUUAUUACAAAUAAUAUCUUCAUUUUGAACCUAUUCAAUAAAGACAUGAAGCAAAAAAAUGCUA